AAAAUUUUGAGUACAUAGCUUUCCAACAUACAGGGAGUUUCAAUACAUUUAUCAGAGCUGUUGCCAGAGUAUUUAAACUUUCUGGAGUCACACGUGAUGGAAGCAUUUGUGGGAAUUCUCGUCGAUACUUUGAAUUCCAUGAUCCAGAAGGAGAGUGGAUUGCUUUGUGGUGUUGCAACUGACAUGGAAAAGAUUGCACGCUUGCUCUCCACCAUCAAGGCAGUCCUUGAAGAUGCUGAGCAGAAGCAAUUCACAGACAAGGCAAUACAACUCUGGUUUCAGGAGCUCAAUGGUGUUGCCUAUGAAAUCGAUGAUGUAUUGGAUGAUUACGCAGCUGAAGCCUCAAGAGUCAAGUACAAAAAUUCUGGUUGUUUUAGUUUGAUGUGUUACCCUAUAGCAGGAAACUUAGUGUUUCGUCACAGGAUUGGGACAAGGAUGAAGGAGAUCCUUGAAAAAUUUAAUGCAAUAGCUGAUGAGCGGAUAAAGCUUGGUUUGAUUGAUCAGAAGCGUGGGAGCAACCACUUUCAGGUUGAUUCUACUGGAACACGUGAGACUGGUUCCUUGCUAAAGGAACCUGAUCUAGUCCUUGGAAGGGACGAGGCGAAAGACGAGAUUGUGAAAAUAUUGGUGAAUCAAGUCAGAGAUAAUCAAAAUGUAUCAGUGCUCCCUAUAGUGGGUGUUGGAGGCCUUGGAAAGACAACACUUGCCCAAUUGGUGCUUAAUGAUGAGCGCAUAGCCAAGCAUUUUGAGCCAAAACUCUGGGUUUGGGUCUCAGAGGAUUUCAAUGUGAAGAGGAUUAUAAAAGCCUUAAUUAAUUCAAUACGAGGGACUCCUGUUGAAGAAUUAGAAUUGGAUCCUCUGCAAAGAAAACUUCAAGAGUUGUUGAGAGGGAAAAGAUGCUUGGUUGUACUGGAUGAUGUCUGGAAUGAGAAUCUAGAGGAAUGGGAGAAACUGAAAUCUGUUCUGGAAUGCGGAUCAAGAGGUAGUUCAAUCAUCAUGACAACUCGCAUGGAGAAGGUUGCCACAAUAAUGGGCACAUUACAAACAUAUUAUCUGUCGAGUUUGUCAGAGAAUCAGUGUUGGUCACUGUUUAGGCAACGGGCAUUUGGCCGUCAAGAGGCUGAAGAAUAUCCUAACCUUGUAGUUAUCGGAAAAGAGAUUGUGAAAAAAUGUGGUGGUGUUCCUCUGGCUGCAAAGGCUCUUGGAGGCUUUCUACGAUUUAAAAGGCAAGAAAAUGAAUGGAACUCCGUGAAAUGCAGUGAAAUUUGGAACUUACCUCAAGAUACAACACGUAUCUUGCCCGCGUUGAGAUUGAGCUACCUUAAUCUUCCGGUAGAGUUGAGAGGUUGCUUUGCAUAUUGUGCAGCAUUUCCCAAGGGCUAUGAAUUUGAAAUAGAAGAGGUAAUACAUUUGUGGAUGGCAAAUGGAUUGCUUUCAUCUAAUGAAACAAUGGAAGUGGAAGAUGUUGGUGUUGCUGUGCUGACUGAACUAUAUUAUAGAUCACUAUUCCAAGCAGUAAAGGAAGAUGAAUUUGGCAAUGCCCUCACUUUUAAGAUGCAUGACCUUGUCCAUGAUUUGGCUAAUGGAGGCUAA